UGAGGGGGUGUGUUAGCAACGGGUGGCCCAAAUAUGGGUGGUCUCCACAACAAAUGGAUCUAGGAUAGGCUCUGAUACCAUAUUAGAAAUUGGGAGGCCUAUACUCAACCACAAAAGCUAGCUCAAGAGUUGAGGUUUGCACAACCUCAACUCUUAUAAACACUUGAUUGGCCUUAUCUCUAGCCAAUGUGGGACUUCUAACACACCCCCUCACGUCCAGGAUUGAACAGACUGGAACGUGGGAACAACAACGGGUGGCCCAAAUAUGGGAGGUCUCCACACAACAAAUGGAUCUAGGAUAGGCUCUGAUACCAUAUUAGAAAUUGGGAGGCCUAUACUCAACCACAAAAGCUAGCUCAAGAGUUGAGGUUUGCACAACCCUUAUAAACACUUGAUUGGCCUUAUCUCUAGCCAAUGUGGGACUUCUAACAAUACUUUAUUCGGGCAAGGUCAAUCAAAUAUGAACCUUCCUCCUACAUUUCUUGAAAGUCUUCCGGAUUGUUUACAAAUUCUUUGUUGGGAGGGAUUUCCUCUAAGAUCUUUGCUGCUGAGCUCUCGUCGAAAAAAUCUUCCGGAUUGUUUACAAAUUCUUUGUUGGGAGGGAUUUCCUCUAAGAUCUUUGCUGCUGAGCUCUCGUCGAAAAAAUCUUGUUAAACUUUACAUGCGCAAUAGCCAUCUUGAACAACUUUCGGAGGAUGACCUGGAAUUACCUAAUUUGAAAAGACUCGAUCUCAGUUUUUCUUCGAAUCUGAUUCAAAUACCAGACCUUUUUAAGUUUCCAAAUAUUGAGGAAAUAAUUCUCGAUUGUUGUAGAAGCUUGAUUCAAGUUCACUCCUCCGGUUUCCUCAACGAGCUCAAACUUUUAUGGUUAAAUAGUUGUGUUGAGCUUACGAGUUUGAAUAUUCGUAGCAAUAUUCUAUCAAGAUCUUUUGGAUUAGUGGGGCUCUAUAAUUGUUGGCGACUCAACGAGUUUUCAAUAUGUGGAACUAGGGCGGUUGGUGAAUUCUCAGGAGCCAAAGAAAUUUACGAUGAUGCACGAUGUCUGGAUGUAGAAUAUUCAAAUGAUCUUGGAAAAUUAAGAGGAAUUACACCGUCGGGAUUUAUCCAUGAGCUCUGUUGGUUAGACCUCAGUGAUUGUUCAUACCUUAAAAGUCUUCCAGCUGACGUUUGUAAGUUGAUAUUGCUAAGAAGACUUUAUCUAGAUUGUUGCCUAGAUUUGGUAAAUUUCCCUGAAAUAGAAGAGCCAAUGGAAAACUUAGCGGUGCUUUCUUUGGUGCGAACAUCAAUACAAAAACUACCUUCAUCCUUGCACCGUUUGGUCGGGCUUGAAGAAUUGAACUUGUUCAAUUGCCAUAGGUUGAAGAUGAUUCCGUCUUCCAUUGGAACACUCACCAAACUUUGCAAGUUAGAUCUUCGCUACUGUGAAUCACUUAAAACUUUUCCCAGCAGCAUUUUCAAAUUGAAGUUGACAGGACUUGAUUUAACUGGUUGCUCAAAGCUAAAGACCUUCCCAGAGAUCUUGGAGCCUGCAGAAAGUUUUACUCACAUUGGGUUAAUAGGUACAAAAAUUAAAGAACUCCCUUCAUCAUUGGACCGCUUGGUGGGUCUUCAAACCUUGCGUAUAGCGUCUCAUGAUCUAGAGUCACUUCCAAACACCAUUGGCAAUCUAAACCUUCUCUCUUGCCUUUACAUUGAAUCCUGUGAUAAAUUAACAGAAAUCCCAAAUGACAUAGUUCGCUUGUCAUCAUCAUUAACGAAAUUAUCACUGAGAAAUAUCGGAAUUGUUAGCCUUCCGGAGAGUAUUGCUCAUCUUUCACGCUUGGAAUCACUUGAUGUAAGUCGAUGCAAAAAGCUUGAAUGUAUCCCGGCACUUCCACCAUCUAUGAAAAAGUUAUUGGCAUUUAAUUGCCCAUCCAUUACAAGAGUGGUGCCAAACCCGUCGGAUUCCAAAGAGGGUACCUUCAUAUUUAAUUUAACCAGUAGUGGUGAACACAAUCCAAGUGCUCAUUGUAAUAUUGUGGAAGAUGCCAGGCGUAGGAUCAUUGAGGGUGCAUAUAGGUCUGUGUACUAUUGCUUUCCAGGGAGUGCAGUUCCCCAUUGGUUCCCUUAUCAUUGUGAGGGGAAUUCAUUGACUUUGGAUAAAGAUUCUCUAAAUAUGUGGCAUGAUAACAGGGUCUCUGGUUUGGCUGUGUGUGUCGUUUUGCAAAAUCCAUUUUGUGAUUAUCUUAGAUUCAGCUUAACAUAUGAAUCUGAUGGCCGCACACACGAACUUCGUUGCGAUGAUGAUCAGCUGGAAAAAUCUUUGAACAAGAGUUUGUUUCAAAUGGAAGAUGACAUGGGAUUUCACACAUUCCUAUGGAAAUAUGACUUAAUGGACUCUGCAAACAUCGACAAAGGGACCUUUCAUGCCCUCAAAUUCACAUUUGAGACCAGCACUCUCACUUGGUUAAAUAUUGCCACCGUGAAAAGGUGCGGAAUAUGCCCUCUUUAUACCAAAGAAAAAAAAAGGAAAUUGAAUGAUGGCCUAGUUGACUGACUCUUUUAGCCUUGUUCGAGUUUCAAAUAAUGACUUCGAAGAAGAACGUAGUCGGAAGAAACAUGCUGUCAAAUGGUUUGGGCAUUUCAAGUUGAGCAAGAGUCGUCACUUAACCUGCUCAUAUUUAUGAGUCCAUGAUUUAGGGUGUUGCCAAAUACAGCUGCUCACAUGGCAUGAGAGGCAGUAUAAAUUCUUCAGGAUCUCCAUUUGAAAUGAUAAUUACAAAAUGUUGUUCUUCAUCAUCUUGGUUUUGGUAUCUAUUUCAAAAUCAUUUGGAUAUGGUGGACACUCCCACAACUCUGGUCUCAAUUUCUGCACUCAGGCGCUGCUUGGCGAGCUUGUUCCCACUUUAUGUUGAGCACGAGUCAUCACUAAGCCUACUCAUAUUAUUUGAGUCCAUGAUUCGUAAAUGUUGUAGGCAUGUACAUGUAGAGUUAAUUGUGGUUUGACAGCUAUUUUGAUAUCCAUUUUAAGUUUUUAAUGUACAACUUUUUGAGUAAUUUCUAUAAAACAACAGUGGAAAAGCUUAAUUUAGCGUUAAAAUCAAGAUCGAAUAGUUUCUAUGUAACUACUUACAAGCUAAAAUCUUAUCAUUUUUACUUUUUCUUUAUAAAAUAUUAGGAUUAUACAAAAGUGGGGAGUCCUUAUUCUUGUUAUGCACUCACAAGUUUUGUUCUUUGUCAGCAGUUUGUGAAGAUGUACACAUCAAGGAAGAAAAUCUACAAGGGUAAGGAUGCUGAUCCUACUGAGUUUGAAGAGUCAGUCGGGCAGAUUACAGGGAUUUUAUGAUCUGGAAAAUAACUUUCAGGAGCUUAAAAGUGAUUUGAAGGAUCUAUACAUCAAUUCAGCAGUGUUGAGAAAAUCUUUCAGUAAGACUUGUCCAAGAAGAAGUUUAGUGGCAAGGGUGUAAUUUUGAUUGC